UCUCCUCCCUCCCGUCUGUUUAUUUUUCUUCCCUUGUCAAGUUCCCUCCUCCUCCUCCUCCUCCUCCUCCCUCCUCUCAUCUGUGCUGCCAGCCAAAUUAAAACAGCUGGACCCAUUACAGUUCGGCCGUGUGAUUUCAUGGGGUUUAGUAGCAGCAGGAUCAGAAAACGCUGCAGCAGAAAAAGCAGCGACUCGGGGAUCAGGCAAGGUCAGUCAGUAGGAUUUGCCGGUGCUGCGCUGUCCCCCCGGCGGUGGUGCUGAAAUCAACGUCCAUUCUGUCUUGUGCGCUCAUCGCUAGAGGAGGCGCGUUGAAGAAAAAGGGAGGAUUGAAUAUUACGCUGGAUACAUUCAUUGAUUCUUCCCAAAGCAGCACAAUCACAAUUACCGAUUCUUAAAGGAUCGGAUACUUUAUUCGGCUUUUUUAUCCGCCCUACCAGCUCUUGGAAUAACUGACACUCGCUCCAUAGUGUAACAUCAACCGUUUAGUAGCAGUGUCUGUAUUUUUUCCCAUUGUUUAUCGGUGCGCUCAUCUAUCUUACUACACACAGUCCCCCCUCUCCCUCGCUGUAUUCCCUCAGGUGCCUGCCUUGCCCAUUCCAUGACACGCCAGUAAUCCAGACACACAAGAGGAUCAGGCUGGGGCUAUGGAGGAAGAACUCAAGUGCCCGGUGUGUGGCUCAUUUUUCCGGGAGCCGCUCAUAUUGCCUUGUUCACACAACGUGUGCCUGCCCUGUGCCCGCACCAUCGUGGUCCAGACCCCAGAGAGCGAGCACUUGCCUCAUGCUGGCCGGCCUAUGAUGCUCAUGGGGGCAGAUUACGAUUACCCCGACCACCUGGAUAAAAUGAGCCUGUACAGCGAGACAGACAGCGGCUACGGCUCCUACACGCCCAGCCUCAAGUCCCCGAAUGGCGUGAGGGUCCUGCCGCCUGCACCGGCUCCUUCCUUGUCUUGUUCCUCAGGGGCCUCCUCCUCCCGGGCUCUUCACGGGCCCCUGUGCAGCUCAUCCUCCAUCACGUGCCCACAGUGCCACCGCAGCGCAUCGCUGGACGAGAGGGGUCUGCGCGGAUUCCAACGCAACCGCUUGCUGGAAACCAUCGUCCAAAGGUACCAACAGGAGCGCGGUUUAACGCCUGGCGCAGAAGCAGCGACAGAAGCAGCUUGUGGUGGCGCAAAUGCCAGGUGCCAGCUGUGUGACAGCAACCCAGCAGAGGCGGCUGUCAUGUGCGAGCAAUGUGAUGUGCUUUACUGCUCCUCCUGUCAGAAGAAGUGUCACCCUACCAGAGGUCCCUUUGCUAAACACAGGCUGGUGCCCGCCGCCCAGAUCACGCAACCAGGCCCUAAUGCCCCCAGACCCUCUGCAGCUUUAGUCGCACCUCACACUGCGCGCAAGUUCCCCACCUGUGCGGAUCAUGAACUAGAGAACUACAGCAUGUACUGUCUGAACUGCCGGACCCCCGUGUGUUACCAGUGCCUGCAGGAGGGGAAACAUGGCAAACAUGAGAUGAAAGCUCUGGGCAUUAUGUGGAAGCAGCAUAAGGCGCAGCUCUCCCAGGCCUUAAGUGGUGUCUCUGAUAAAGCAAAAGAAGCCAAAGAAUUUUUGGUACAGCUGAAGAAUAUUCUACAGCAAAUCCAGGAAAAUGGAUUAGAAUAUGAAGCUUGCUUGGUUGCCCAGUGUGAUGCAUUAGUUGAUGCAUUAAACCGUCAAAAAGCAAAACUGCUCACCAAAGUUACUAAGGAACGGGAGCAUAAAUUCAAGGUUGUCUGGGACCAGAUAAAUCAUUGCACAUUGAAACUACGCCAGUCGACAGGCCUCAUGGAAUAUUGUCUCGAAGUAAUUAAGGAAAAUGAUCCUUCUGGCUUUCUGCAGAUUUCAGAUGCUUUAAUAAAGCGGGUUCAAGGUUCUCAAGAACAGUGGGUGAAAGGGGCUUUAGAACCCAAAGUAUCUCCUGAAUUUGACCUCACCUUGGACAGUGAGCCUUUGUUGCAGGCUAUUCACCAGCUGGAUUUUAUCCAGAUGAAAUUUCCCAUUACAGUACCCCCAGUACCUCUGCUUCAGCUGGAGAAAUGCUGCACUAGGAAUAACAGUGUUACCCUGGCAUGGAGAAUGCCACCUUUCACCCACAAUCCAGUUGAUGGAUACAUCCUAGAACUUGAUGAUGGAGAUGGUGGUCCUUUUAGGGAAGUUUACUUGGGAAAGGAGACAUUAUGCACGAUUGAUGGACUUCACUUCAAUAGCACGUAUAAUGCAAGAGUCAAGGCAUUUAAUGCUACAGGACUUGGACCUUAUAGCAAGACUGUCGUUCUGCAGACAUCUGAUGUGGCCUUUUUUACCUUUGACUCUAAUGCUGCACAUCGGGACAUAGUGUUGUCCAAUGAAAAUAUGACAGCCACUUGCAGUAGCUAUGAUGACCGAGUGGUAUUGGGUACUGCUGCAUUCUCCAAAGGCAUUCAUUACUGGGAGAUACAAGUUGAUCGAUAUGAUAACCAUCCUGAUCCCGCUUUUGGUGUUGCAAGAAUUAAUGUUGUAAAAGAUAUGAUGCUAGGAAAGGAUGACAAAGCUUGGGCCAUGUAUGUGGAUAAUAAUCGAAGCUGGUUUAUGCACUGCAACUCUCAUACCAACCGGGCAGAAGGCGGUGUGUGCAAGGGAACUACAGUUGGUAUUCUUUUGGAUCUAGUUAAACGCAUUUUGAUAUUUCAUAUUAAUGGGAAGCAGCAGGGUCCCAUAGCAUUUGAGAACAUUGAGGGUGUGUUCAUGCCAGCAGUAAGUCUCAAUCGGAAUGUACAGGUGACUCUUCACACAGGACUUGAAGUGCCAAUGAUCUACAGGCAGACCAAGCCCAAAAACUGAUGUAACCCUGAAACCGGUGCAGGCUUUUACAUGUCUUUCUUUUAUAACUUGUAUGCAACUGUCAUAAAACUCUACCUUAUGAACCAAAUUUUAAUUUUUUUAGCAAAAAUCAUAAAUUGGGUGUCUUCACGAGAUGUAUUUUUCCAUGAUGGAAUUUAAUUUAUAAAAUGAUUUUCAAAUUAUAAAAACAAGGGUUUGUGGUACAUGGUAUACAACCAAUAGUAAGUUUUAUUGUAUAAAUAAAAAUAUUCAGUUGUGCACAACAAAAUAUAGAUAAAACUGGGAUAUGCAGGCUAUAAGUAAAACAAUGUGAGGUUUUCUGUAUUACAUAUCAACUCUCCAAAGGAGACAUAAGAACAUGGGAAAGGACGUGCACACAGUUUCUUGUGGGAUGUAGCUUAAGAUCAUAAAAAAAUGUGAUAACUGUCUGUGGUGAAGUGUUAACAAAAAUUGUAAACCAGUUAUUUGUGGUGUUGUUUGUGAUAAGGUAGAUCUCUAGAGGCUGUCACAAGUGUUGAACCCAGCCUUUGGUGCUAAGUUUAUGUAUAUUAUAGACACCUCUAAAGAAAUUCCAUUUUCAUGGGAUUAUUUUCUGGACCAAGAGGUUGUGGUAUUGCCUGGUUUACAGAAAACAUGGAAUACAGGGUGACCUAUGAACAUGGGAUGAUUUGGCCUAAAAGGCAAUCAUAAUUUUAUCUCCAAGUGCUAAAUAAAUAGGGUCUGUAAAUACACAGAAUUAUAAUAUACUCUUAAAUAAUGGAGCUUACUGAUUAUUUCAUAUAAGUGCACAUAGUACUGUGUGCGCAAAUUAUAUUACUUUGUCAUGGGUAACAUCUACAAUGAGAAUGUGAAAAGCUGACUUGGCUGUAUCUAAGGAAAGUUAGAAACCAGAGAAUAAAAGUACCUAAUUAGCUAUUAGUAAUGAGCUGUACAUGGGAUAUGUUUUGAAGUUACACAUUUGGAUAAACAUGGCUUCUUCCUGUAAUUGGGAUCUAAUUGAACUACAAAUUAGAUGCAUACUGUAUGUACACACAAACACAUUCAUGUGCUCUCUCUCACUUGUGUUUGUAAUUUAUUUUUCUUUUCAUUUUUGCAACAGUAAAAUUAAAUACAAUUUAAUACAAUUGAAAAAUUGCUUGCUGCAGUGAAAAUUCACAUACAGCACAUGGGGCAUAACUUUCUUUCCCCAUGCUCCGCCA